CCAGGAUCAUGACCUGAGCCGAAGGCAGUCGCUCAACCAACUGAGCCAGCCAGGCGCCCUCGGUGGCACUUCUGAAAUGUUUACAGAGAGCUUGUUAGGGGGGUGCUCCGGUAGGGGGGUGCUCCGGCUGCACUCUGCCAUCCAAACCCCGGCCAUGGCCCUGAGUACCGUGGCGGCGGGUGUGUUGGAAGGAAGGUGCUGGAGACUCGGCCGGGGACUGGGGACCUGGGAAUGAGGGCGGGCAGAGGGCGUGUCUUUCUCUGGCAUCUGCUUGGCGAAGUCACUUGUUCUAUACAGCCAGGUUCUGCCCACCUACGACAGCCUGGAUGAGCCGUCGGUGAAAACCAUGAGCUCCAUAUUCGCCUGCUCCCUCAACGUGGUCACUGCCUUCUACGUCACGGUUGGCUGCUUUGGCUAUGUGAGCUUCACCGAGGCCACCGCAGGCAACGUGCUGAUGCACUUUCCCUCCAACCUGGUGACGGAGAUGAUGCGUGUGGGCUUCAUGAUGUCCGUGGCCGUGGGCUUCCCCAUGAUGAUCCUGCCGUGUCGACAGGCCUUGAACACGCUGCUUUUCGAGCAGCAGGUAAGAUUCUUAAGGCCCUUCAGGCGACACUUCACUAGGAAGAUGUUACAUUGCUGA